AUGUCUGAAGAGGUUAGGAGAAUGGACAAUGAGAUUACCAAACUGUGUGAAGGGUGUAAAAUCACUGAUGAAGAAAUACAAGAAGUGGUUGUAGCUGAGGGAAAUAUGCUAAUGUCCGCUGAGAGAGUAAGGAAAUGUCUGGUGGCUCGUAUAAUGUCGGACAAGGAGGUUAACAAAGGUGCAUUUUGUGCCACCAUGUCGAAACUCUGGCAUGCAGAAAGGCAAAUAUUCCUCAGAGAUAUUGGAUGGAACAGGUUCCUGGUGGAGUUUCAAAAGAAAAAAGAUAAGAACAGUGUGCUGCAAGGGAGACCUUGGCCCUUUGAUAAGUUUUUGGUUUGUCUCCAAGAGUGUGAUGGCAACGUUGCGCUUAGAGAUAUCCAGUUUUCCAUGGAACCAUUUUGGAUUCAGUUUCAUAAUAUGCCCUUUGUAGGCAUGACCAGGAAGAUUGGGGAACAACUAGGUGUAACUAUAGGGAGAGUACUGGUUAUGGAUACGAAUGAAAGUGGUACAGGAUGGAGAAAGUUUCUUCGAGUCAAGAUCCUAGUCGAUAUCUCAAAACCUUUGGCUAGAGGAAGGUUCUUGAAUCUGGGAGAUAAGAGGUUUUUUUAUUACUAUUAA